AUGUGCAGCAUUCCCCUCCCAUGGCAUCUAGAAGCCUGGAACACAGGAACCUGUCUGUACAUGGUGUGGACUGGUCUGUCUUGCCUCAACCAGUUUGUCAACUCCGUCGUAUGGAAUGACAACGCAAUCAAUUGGUCUCCAACUUGGUGUGAUAUCUCAUCGCGGUUCAUCGUCGGCAGCGCCGUCGCCAUUCCCGCAGCAUCGUUGUGCAUCAAUCGUCGCUUGUAUCACAUCUCUUCAGUGAGGUCUGUGACUAUCUCUAAGGCUGAGAAACGCCGCGACGUCAUGGUCGAUCUUUCCAUCGGCCUCGGUAUCCCUCUGGUAGAGAUGAUUCUCCAAUAUAUCGUUCAGGGUCAUCGAUUCAAUAUCUACGAAAACGUUGGUUGCUACCCCUUCACAUACAACACUUGGCCUGCCUACGUUCUUGUCUACUGCCCACCCAUUGUGAUUGGCAUCAUUUCCGGUAUCUAUGCCAUCCUCAGCAUCAUUCAAUUCAACAAAAGCCGAUCCCAGUUCAACGACCUUCUCUCUGGCCACAGCAACCUGACCUCCAGCCGAUACGUUCGUCUGAUGUGUCUCGCCGGUGUCGAAGUUCUUUGCACUGUCCCCAUCGGUGUAUAUGCUCUUUCUCUCAACAUCAGAACUGGCAUCCAACCAUGGAUCAGCUGGGCCGACACUCACUACGCCUUCUCUCGCGUCGAUCAAUUUCCCGCUGUCCUCUGGCGCUCUACCUCGGUCGGCGAGUCCUCGCUCGAGCUCUCUCGCUGGCUCGUCGUCGUCUGUGCUAUCGUCUUCUUCGCCUUCUUUGGAUUCGCCGACGAGGCUAAGAAGAACUACCGCUCCUACAUGCAGUCUGUCGCCAAGCGCGUCGGUAUCUCCACCGGCUCAUUUGGCAGCAGCAGCGGCGCUUUCAGCUCGACCGGCUCGAAAUCGAAAGUCAUGGGUUCCAAUGGCAAAGUCCGCCCUGUGCUCCCUACUUUUGUCCACCAGGACUUCCUCCGCCGCCACGACUCGAUCGACUCAUUCACAGACGUCUCAUCAGCCUCGCUGCGCGACGUCAGCGGCCACCUCAACGAGAAGGGCGACCCGGAGAAACAGGAGGAAUUCAACCCUACCCUUUCCUAUAGCGGCCUCACUCUCUCUGAUGUCGGCGGAACACUCAACGACUGCUCCGCACCACCCUACUCUCCCGCUCCUUCUCUAGGCGCAUCGUCCUCUGCAUCCUCAUUGACUGUGCCUGAGCCCGCACGCACUCGCUCCAAUUCCAACGCCUCCACACCGUCUUCGCAGGUGCCCAUCCUCUCAGAUUCAAAAUCAAAAUCGAAUACACCAGAUAUCGUCUGA